AUGAUCUACUUGACCAAUUUUACCGUUAUUCCUACCAAUAUCACGCAGCUGCUUUUACCUGGAAAUUAUUCUAGCAGUCAUGAUUAUUAUGGUGGACUAGUAACACAAAUUGUUUUAGGUAUUAUAGCUGUGUUGUCUAUUGUAGGUAAUAUGUUCGUAUUUGUCGUCUUUUUAUACAGUCCAAGAUUAAAAAAUUUAUCUCACGGUAUCUUAAUUGGGAAUUUAGCUCUUGUGGAUAUGCUGACUGGUGUGAGUAUUAUUAUUACACCAGCGUAUAUUAUCCGCGAAAAUUAUCAUCACCCACCACCUGGCAUUGGUGGUUCAAUCUUUUGCAAAAUUAUUGGCUCAGAAUUAAUGCCAUUUAGCUUCGGCUUUAUAUCGAUGUAUACAUUAGCUGUACUCAGCCUUGAAAGACGAUAUGCUAUAGUCCGACCAAUGCUUCAUCGAAGGUAUUUUACCAUUCAACGAAGUAAAUUUGUAGUAGUGCUGGUUUGGAUUUUAGGAAUUGCUGUCAAUAUUACCAAUAUUUUACAAAGUUAUUAUCAAGAAAAUGCUAAUCCACCUUGUGAUUGGCGACUAUUAGUGGGUCCUCAAUUUAGUAUGGCCCUUUAUGGAAUUCUACUAUUUUUGCGCGUCGUUUUCCCUAUGGUAUGUGUCAUCGUUUGCUACUAUGAUAUAUUGCGUUAUAUUCGGCAAAAAGUUCGUAAUCUAUUGCGAUCCAUUGAUAAAACAGAAUCUGCAGCCUAUAGGAUAAAAUCUAAAAUCACAUUGACUUGUGCUAUAACAUCAUUGGCCUUUUUAAUAUGUUGGCUGCCCAAUCAAGCUUAUUUCACGUAUAUUAGUUUUCAUGCUUCAAAAAUAAAUGACGAUUUACAUUUAACUACCAAAUUAUUAAUUUUUUUUAAUUCUUGUAUUAAUCCAUUCAUUUAUGCAAGUACCAAUCUGUAUUAUCGCCGUGAAUUUGUGGCUAUAUUCCACUUAAAAUGGCAAUUUUGUUGCGCUGAUUGCCACAGACAAGGCUCAAUAUGGAAUUUUUCACGAGACUCUCAUCAUAAAUCUGACAACGACGAACUUAAAUUAUCCAUGGACAACAUUACUAACAAAGAAAUUACCGAAAUAGACUGUAUGAUUAUGGUCUCCACAUGGAACAGAUCAUUUAUGCCUUUUUCACUAAUUGGAAUUUUCGUUAUUUUAAAAUCUACACCUGUACAAUAA